AUGGUUAGCUCCUCAGUAAGUCUGGAUGCUAAGGACCUCACCAUUAACAAGGUGGAGUCCAUUGAAGAAGCAUCUGUGACGGAUGCUCAGUUACUAAGCGUUAUAUCGCCUUCUGGUAAGGUGGUUGUGAUAGAUGAUGUUGUUGAUGAGGCUAUGGAGUUUGCCAAGCACCACGAACACAUUACUCUUACAAAAGAAGAGGAUCGUGCUGUCAAGAGGAAAUUGGACAUGAUUGUCAUGCCUUUGUUUUCAUUUUUAUACAUGAUUCAGUUCAUGGACAAGACAUGUAUCAGUUUUGCUGCUGUUAUGGGUAUUCAGAAGGAUUACCAUAUGGUGAAGGAUAUGUAUUCCUGGACCACGUCCUGUUUCUACUUGGGAUAUCUUUGUGCGUCGCCAUUGGCUGCGGUGCUACUACAGAAAUUGCCAAGUAUGAGGACUUCCGCCGCGUGUAUCGUUAUCUGGGGUGUUAUCCAGUGUUUACAUGUCACAUCCAAAUCAUACGCCACUUUCAUCCUGCUUAGGACAUUGCUUGGAGUCUUGGAGGCCUUUGUAUCUCCUAUUUUUGUUAUCAUGAUGAACCAGUACUACAAAAAGUCCGAACAUUUUGGUUACAUUGGUGUGUUGUACGGCUGUAACGGUUUGGGUACCGUUAUUCUUGCCCUAGUGUCCUUCGGGUUGUACAAGCAUUUGCACGCCUACUCAAUGGAGGCAUACAAGGUUUUAUUCCUAAUUGUCGGAUGUUUCACCAUCUUGAACGGCUUGAUGAUCUUGGCGAUUAUGCCAAACACUCCCGCUGGCGCCAAAUUUUUGAGCGAAAGGGAGAAACUCGUCGUGUUGGAGAGAAUCCGUGGUAAUAACCAGGGGUUCGGUUCCAAGAAGUUCAAGUUCCAUCAAAUGAAGGAGUGUUUUAUGGACGUCAGGACGUGGCUGUACUUCUUCAUUGGAAUCAGUGUUGCUAUUCCAAACGGUGGUAUCAGUUCUUUCGGUUCUAUUAUCUUAAAGGGUCUCGGGUACAGCACAUCCAAGUCGCUCCUCAUGAAGGCGCCCAUUGGAGCCUGUGAACUAGUCGGGUUGGUCGUGCUUCCAUUCAUUUCGAUCUUCGUCAAAAAGAGAAUGAUAGUCUCCGAGAUCUACCUAUUACUGUGUGUUAUGUCAUCCGCGAUGCUUGCCUUUGCAAAGAACAAAAACGCUGCGCUAGCUGGCUAUUACAUCACGGGUAUCGCGCCCGUGGGUAUCAUCACCGUCACCUCGUGCGUCGCUUCCAAUACUGCAGGACACACUAAGAAAUUAACAGCCAAUGCCAUCUCGUUGAUCGGCUACUCCGCUGGUAACAUUAUUGGACCACAGACAUUCAGAUCGUCAGACGCUCCAAACUACCCCAAGGCUAAGGCCGCUAUUGUCGGGUGCUACUGUGCCGCUAUUGUUUUGAUGGCCGCUAUGACAUGGCUAAACGUUAGGGAAAACAACAAGAGAGACAGGCUCCAGGCAGAACUGGGAGACAAGUACGUAGAGAUCGAGAACCAAGAGUUUGCAGAUCUUACCGACUUCGAAAAUCCCGCAUUUAGAUACUCUAUCUAG